AUGGUCAACAAGUUCAAGCGGUUUUUCAACGGUCCCUAUGGUUCAUCUUCGUCGGUGGCCUUCCACGCGUCCACGUCCAGGAAUCUCAGCACCGCAGAGCUCGAGGCGCGUUUGGAGACGUCCGGGUCGCUCACGGGGGCAGGGACGCCCGCCCAUACACUGGCAAUGAUAGAAGACUACGUGAAGGGGGGCGUCGUGGAUUGGGCCGCGCUGUUGUCCAGGGUCCCCAAGCUCGUGGCGGAGUGCACCACGUGCUCUAGUCCAGCCACGAAGCGCAACGCGAAUAAAGUCCCAGGGGAUUUUGCAGACCUCCUUGCUCUGCUGCAGCAAAUGGCCGGGCGCGAGAACCAAGAACAAGUCCGACACUGGAAUCAACGCCGUAAGCUGUUUCGCCAAUGUCGCCGUGGGCUGCUGCUCUGCUGGAAGUUUGUGGUUGCUCGGCUGAACGACGAGAAGGCGACGCUGCCAACGGAGACCCGCAACAUGUACUUCCAGCUCAUCGGGAUCAUCAUGGAGCGGGUGGAGUUCCACUUGCCAGGAGGUGGCUUCGAGGCAGACGCACCCGUGAACAGCAGGAACAAGACUCCAAAGUCAACCGGCAACACAGGCGGAGCUGGAAUGGGGUGGCUCGCAAACUCCCCCACCGCGACACUCAACGGCAUGGACUACAGCGACGAGAACCGCGGUCACGACGACUAUGAAAACUCGGAAAACGCCGGCGCCUACACCAACAAAACCCACGGCAGCAGCGACGACAACGCGGACGGGGAGCGCGACUUGUAUCUGUAUCGCUGUCUGCUGAUCGCAACCUUCAAGUACGCGGUCGAGAACCUGGAGGCUGCGCGACUCAAGCAGCGCCCGUACAUUUCCCUGGUCGAAACCAGGUUCUACGCGCGUGUGUUCGCUGUCUGCUACUUCCGCGUGCCGGUGCUUCAAAGCGCGAUGCUGGAGCAGAUUUUCAACGCGUACCGCGACAAAGAGUGGAUCAAUCUGAGCGCCCACGACUCGCGCGUGGAGGACCUGGCGGAAGAGAACGUGGAUGCAGAGCUCUCGCCCAAAUACUCUGGACGUCGUCCCUCGACAUCUCGACCCUGGAAUGGCAACACCUUUGUCGGUUCUCUUGUGAGGUGGACGGAGUACGGCGGAUACAUCUUGGGCGAGGAGGGGAACGGGAACGGAACCAGCACAGCCAAGGUCACGAGUCGCUACAACAGCCACAACAAGCACUAUGCAGGAGCGUCAGCACUGCGCAGCGAUGAAGAGGAGUUCGUAAGACAAAACCCGACGCUCUUCAAAUGGACGCGCUUCUCGCCGUACCUGGGGCCGUACCCGGACUCCGAUAUAUUUCGCAUGGCCGACGCGACGCGCAACUGCUGGCUGCAGAGAUUGAGUCACGACGGCGAGUUCUUCUCCAAGUUCAUGGGAUUCGUGUGUCUCCACGCGGCCAACACGGCGCUAGGCAGCGACGUUGCGUGGACUUGUCUUCCGGGCUACACGCUGCUGAUUCGAGUGUCGCUCCUACUGCUGAAGGAGGCAUGCUGGGCCAAGUGGCUCUACGUGAGAGACACAUCGGGUCCGCUGCCUUCGUCGUCGAUGGAGAUUGAGCCGGGAAGUCAGGAGGAAGAGCGCUUACCCUUUGAACUCGACUCGAUCCGCGCCAUUCGUACGGUGCUGGAUAACGUGGUGCAGCUUCUGCGCAACAAUCAGUUGCUGGAGAGCUGUGUGCUAGCCAUGUACGAAUGCACCAACGUGCUCCACGCCCGCAGCGUCGAAGUGUGCUUGACGCGCUUCGAAGAGUGGUUCAGCGCCACCGCCAUGCUGACCGAGAUCGGAGGCGCAGACAAGCGUCGAGGCAGCGGGAUGAUGGUCUAUCGUCUGCCGCCUGGAUUCCGCGGCCAAACAUUCGCCACUGGAAUGCGCUUCAUGCUCUCGAGUGAGAACUGUGAGAUCCUCGCCAGCACGCUGCUCUUCCUGUACCACCGCAUGGACUACUUCGAAGGCGAGCUUAGACAGAGUAUCCUCAAGGCGCUCGUGCAGCGACACAUGCUCUUCUUCCUGCACUGGAACGCCGACGUCCGCACCAAAUACCACCACCUGCUGGUGUACCGCGUCGUAAGAGCCAACCGGUUCGUCCUGGACUCGCCCAUGGAUCACCUGCUCAUCGGGCGCUGCGCUAUCUCGUCCCUUGAACUGAGUAGGGCCCAUGACGACAACAGCGACGAAGACGACGAUGGCUACGGACAUUCUUACCAUGGCAGAGAUCACCGCUUCCAGGACACUGCGUGUAACCCAACCAUGACGGCCGCCGACCUCAACGUUCUCCGCACGGAGCAGGCUCUGUGGAGAGCCUUUGACGCCUGUCUAGCGGUCGUCGUCUCGCAAGAGCGCCGCUACGCUCGCGAGGGCAACCGCAAGUUCCAGACAGAGCAACUCGCAGCUCGCAACCGCGCGCUGGCCUUCCGCACCUUGAACCGCAACACGACCGAAGACUCGAACGCAGCAGCCACCACGAGUGUGAACGAGGGACUCCCUGGCGGCAAACCGUGUCACGAGGUGGAGUUGCUGGAUACCGAACUGCGUCGAGAGCCGCCCUACUACUUGCGUUACCUUCCGGGGGACGAGCUGGCCAUGCUGGACGAUCUGCGCCGACUCGCCAGCUCGGUUAAGUACCCGCACCACCUCCAGGUGUACGCUGCACAUUCACUUCGCUGCUACUCGGACCUCCUCAAGCAAUACUAUCGCGAGCUCGACAGCACCGGCAGCGUAGAACCCCCACCUCUCGGGUUCUUCUGA